CCUUUUCCCCUGGAGCUCCCCUGUUGAAUUAAUCUGCUUUCUACUGGGUUAGUGUGUGUGUGUGUGUGUGUGUGUGUGUGUCUGUGACUGCCAGUUAGCUCUUUUUAUACAAUAAACAAUCGAACAUAGAAUAGAUUUCUCUAGUUCGUUUUCUUAUCUUAUUCAGCUAUUGACAGAGGCACCAACUUGCUAUGACUUACCGUCUGUUUGAGGGCAAAGACCAUGCUUCUUCCUAUUGGAAGUUCAGGAUCUCUCCAUCAGAUAAUCUCAUACAACAGGUGCUUGACUUCCUGGAAAAGCAUAAAGGACAUCCCUUUGAGCUGGCGGUGGAUGUGGGUUGCGGAUCAGGACAGGGCACCGUGCUGCUGGCCAAACACUUUGCCUCCAUGGUGGCGACAGACGUUAGUCCUGCUCAGGUGGAAAUGGCUCUACAGCAUUCCAAAGAGCCAAACAUCACCUACAAACAGUGUGUUGCUGAGGAGCUGCCAUUGGCUGACAGCUCAGUGGACUUGGUGACGGCCAUGUCUGCCUUCCACUGGUUCGACCGGCCACGCUUCCUGCAGGAGGCCCACCGAGUGCUGAAGCCCCGGGGCUGCAUGGCUCUGCUCAACUACACCAUGGACAUGGAGCUCAGCUACCCUGAUUGCUGCUCUCAGACACUCAACCAAAUCUGCCAAGAGUUCUAUGUGGCCUUGGUUCCUUACCGCAGUGCCCACCUUGGUUCCAAUUCGAUUGAAUUGUACCGGGAGGCGUAUAAAUCCCUCCCUUACCCUGACAAGGAGUGGCAUGAGUGUGUGCGUGUGAAAAGGCCCAUGCCUCUUUCCAGCUUCAUGGGGUUUGUGGAGUCUUUCUCCAGCUAUCAGACUCUGGUGAGAGAAGACCUGCAGAAAGCCACCGUCCUGUCUCAGGACUUCAGUCACAGGUUGAUGUCCGUGAUGAAGGUGUCCUCUGCAGAGACAGAGGUGGAGGUGUCUGUGAGAUAUUACUGUCUCCUGGCCUGCAAACCGGAGGGAGCCUGACUGACUGCUGCCAGCACUCACAGAUUCAAAAACGAGUAACUUUGCUGUCAACUCCCACUUUGUGAAACAAUCCCUCUGACAUCUCUCUACAUGACUAAGUGAAUUAGAUGUUACUAGCUUAAAGCUUGAUCCGACUGUUUUGCCUACAAAUGCCACUUCUUUAAAAGUAAUAGUUUAACAUUUUAGGAUAUAUUCCUAUUCAUCUUAUUGUUGAUAGCUAAAUGAGAAAAAAUGAAUCCUACUCUUGUUAAUUCAUUCUAAAUUAGAAGUUGGAAGAAGCCGCUAUUUAGUUUAACUUAGCUUAGCUUAACCUAGCUUAGCACAAAGACUGGAAACGAGGAACAGCUAGCUUCGUGCUAUUGUCGUUUUUACACUCCAGUUAUUGUAUUGUUAAAAAAACUGAGAUAGAAUGUGUCAAAAUAUGAUCUGAAAAGAUUUUCUUUCAAAUUGAAGUAAGCAAGGUGGGAGAAGUACUGAGAUAUUUUACUUAAGUAAAAGUAGAAGUACCA